AUGAACUGUUUGUAUUUUAUCUUCUUGCUGUUUGUUUCUGUUAAACUAAAGCAGGUAUAUGGAGUGUGGCCCAUGCCGCAGCGCUUGACUCAGUCUAAUGAGCGCUAUGUUUUAAACCCUCACCUGUUCACUUAUAACUACGCGAACGGUUCAGCUGCGCAAGUCGGAUGCUCUGUCCUGGAUGCUGCCUUCAAAAGAUACUUCAGGAUCAUUUUCCCCGACUUUUCAGAUGGAACAGGAUUCAGUAACACUUGGUCUGAGCCCAAACCCUUCACAGUAUCAGUGAGUGUCAGAAGUGGUGGAUGUGAAGAAUACCCUGAUGAAGGUUCAGAUGAAAGUUAUAACCUGAGUGUGUCUGCAGGUCAAGCAGUUUUAAGAGCAGAGUCAGUGUGGGGAUCCCUGAGAGGUCUGGAGUCCUUUAGUCAGCUGGUAUACCAAGAUGAUUAUAACUCAUAUUUUGUCAAUAAAACAGAAAUUGAGGACUUCCCACGAUUUCUGUUUAGAGGGCUUUUGCUGGACACGUCAAGACACUAUUUACCAGUACGUUCUAUACUGAAAACUCUGGAUGCCAUGGCUUAUAAUAAAUUCAAUGUAUUUCACUGGCACAUUGUGGAUGAUCCUUCUUUCCCUUACCAGAGCCACACUUAUCCUGAUUUGAGCAACAAGGGAGCCUUUCACCCUAUGACUCACAUUUACACGCAGUCAGACGUGAGGAGGGUAAUUGCUCAUGCAAGAUUCCGAGGAAUCAGGGUGGUGCCAGAGUUUGAUUCUCCCGGACACACUCAAUCGUGGGGUAAAGGACAGCCAGACCUGCUGACGCCCUGCUAUAAGAAAACUGUUCCCUCUGGAACAUUUGGCCCCAUCAACCCAACUCUGAGCUCCAGUUACCAGUUCAUGAACAGCCUCUUUAAAGAGGUAACUUCUGUAUUUCCUGACUCCUUUGUUCACCUUGGGGGCGAUGAGGUUGACUUCACAUGCUGGAAAUCAAAUCCUAAGGUACAGGCAUUUAUGACAAAGAUGGGCUUUGGGCAUGACUACACCAAACUGCAGUCCUUCUAUAUGGAAAGUAUUAUGAACAUCACUGCUGCCUUCAACAAGACCUCCAUUGUUUGGCAGGAUGUUUUUGAUUACCAUAAGCGAAGAAGGGCUCAGUAUGUAGUGGAGGUGUGGAAAAGAGGAUGCUACCUGUGUAAGGUGCGCCAAGUGGCUAAGGCCGGACUCAAGGUCAUCCUGGCAGCACCAUUCUAUCUGGACCUGCCUGGACCCACACACGACUGGGCUCGCUACUACACCGUGCGUCCUCUCUCCUUUAAGGGCACAGAACAGCAGAAGAAGCUGGUGAUUGGUGGUGAGGUCUGCAUGUGGGGAGAAUAUGUGGAUGCAACCAAUCUCAGUCCACGCCUAUGGCCUAGAGCGAGUGCAGCUGCUGAGAGGUUAUGGAGUAAUGAAGAGCAGACAUCUAGUGUUGAUAAGGCCUUUCCUCGCCUACAGGACUUCCGCUGUAAAAUGAUAAGACGUGGCAUUCAAGCAGAACCUCUAUUUAUAGGCUACUGCAAACAUGAGUAUAUCGGUCUGUAGAAUACAUGGAUCAGGACAGGAGCAAGAGAAACUGUUAUACAUAGGGAAUAUGCUUGCGAUUUUUUAAAGAGUUUUUAAGAUCAUUUUAUAUUUAUUACUAAUACUUGGAUAUAAUGUUUAUCCUAUAUUGCAGUGAAUUCAUUCUAAAGAGAAAAAUCUAUCAGUGAUUUAUAAAACAGCAAUGUAAAUAGUCUGAAUUUCAUUUUAAUAUUAAGUUUAUUUGUCUUAAUUUGAGCUCAUCACUAUUUUGUAGAAUGAUAACUUUUUGGUAUGGUUAUUUAUGGGACUGUAAAUAAAUUGCUGAAGUAAAGCAUGUACACAUUUAAUGAAAUUUCCUUCUUCCAUUACACUGGUCUCAUCUCACUAGCAGCAGAUCCUAUUAAGGCUGAUGGAGUUUACACCUGAGCUUAAUUAGGACAUAGUGAGAUGCGAGUGUCCUGAAAUAUCAGAAUGACAGUGCUGUGCAGACCACAAUAUGGCAAUACAAUUAGGGAAUUAAAGUCUGGGACAUAAAUAACAUGUAUUCAAUAAAACAUAUAAAAUGCAACUGAGCUUCACAGUAAACAUGUUAUUCAGACUACUAGCUCCCUGUUU